AUGGCUGCUUUACCUCAAUUUCUUGCCGAAGAAGAGCUUCGUCGCGCUUCGUCUUCCUCCAUUCGAUCAGCUAACCUCUCUCACGGUCGUGGCGGCGCUGGUAACAUUGGAACUUCUCCCCACGAUUCGGAGCCUCUCACUCUCAACACUCCUACGCUUAAAGGUGAGAUCUAUACAACCGGUCGCGGAGGAAGCGGAAAUAUGACAAAGAACACCGAUCCAGAGCACAAGAUGUCGUUGGGUAGGUCGAAUCAUAAGACUCAAAGUCAACUUGAAAGUCAAGCAAUGCCGAACUCUAAUCCAAAAUCCUCUAGUAACCCAAGGAGAGAAUCUCCAUCAUCAUCAAGCCAUGUCGGACGGGGUGGCGCAGCGAACGUUUUCAACCCAAGCGAGGCCGACAUUGCUGCAGCACGCAAAGAUGGCAAGUGGGAUGAUGCAGUCUCAGAUGAGGAUGAGCCCGAUUACAGUAAGCACGACAGCAGCAAACACGAAACCGAGAAAGGUCUAGCGGACAAGGGCAAGGCAUGGUUAAAGGAAAGGAUGGGCAAGGCUUAA